AUGCAUCUCGACGAUCUCGCCAAUGAAUUGUUUCUCGAGAUUUUUCGAUACUUAUCAACUUUGGAUCUUCUUCGAUCAUUCUAUAAUCUGAACCAUCGCCUCAAUCAACUUCUCUUUGCUCAUUUUCGCACUACUGUCAUUGAUUUUCGAUCAACAUCUCUGGAUGAUUUUCGUCUUGUGUGUCGAGAUUAUUUUCCAUCAUUAGUCAAUUGUGUAACAUUAUUACGAUUGUCCAAUGAUGAUGAGACACCGCAACAAAUGGAAGUUUUCCUUGAGCACGGCUUAGCACUUCCUCAACUGUUGAAAUUACGAUCACUUACAUUGCAUAAUAUCCGAUCUAAUAGUAAUGUUCUGCAUACAAUGAUAUCAGAAUGCAGAUCUCUUCCUUAUUUGACCCGUUUAACAUUAUCGGAUUGCUAUUUACCUGGUGAUCGGAUCAAUAUUCCGACUUUCUUUAACAACAUAUGGAGUUUAUCAAAUCUGAUCUAUUGUUAUCUGAGCAUCGGUUUCACAUCGGGAGGCUUCGUUAUACCAACAGUCAAAUCAACGUCGUUGAAAUCUUUAUUCGUCCCCUAUGUUAAGUUUGAUCAAAUUGAAUUCAGCAUGAUCUGUCAACAAACGCCUAGCCUAGAACAAUUUGAUAGUUCAUUUAAACUGAAGUUCUCUGAUCAGGUCGUGUCCUCAACACAUCAAUGCGCAUCGAUAGUUCGUCUGAAACUGUUCUCAAUCAAUAUAUCAGAAAAUCACCUGAAUCAAUUACUUGAGAUGGUGCCGAACUUACGUCAAUUAGUUAUUGACAUCAANUUUGAUCAAAUUGAAUUCAGCAUGAUCUGUCAACAAACGCCUAGCCUAGAACAAUUUGAUAGUUCAUUUAAACUGAAGUUCUCUGAUCAGGUCGUGUCCUCAACACAUCAAUGCGCAUCGAUAGUUCGUCUGAAACUGUUCUCAAUCAAUAUAUCAGAAAAUCACCUGAAUCAAUUACUUGAGAUGGUGCCGAACUUACGUCAAUUAGUUAUUGACAUCAAAUAUGUUGAUCCACCUCCUCCAACUCCAGUUUUAGAUGGCUAUUCAUGGGAAAAGAUCUUCCGCUGCCAUUUGCCUCAACUUCAUGUGUUUCAGAUGAGAAUGGAUAUCUUUUUCUUCGAUGCAUAUAUCUAUGACGAACAAAUGAUUGGUUUCCUUGAAUCCUUUCGAAGUUCGUUUUGGCUUGAAGAACGCCAAUGGUUUGUUCAAUGUCAUUGGCAGCCAAAAAGUCAAGCUUAUCUAUACACACUACCUUACAAAUUUACAGAUUUUCGACUUGAUUCCACAAUGAACUCUCUAUCGACAUGUUCAAACAAUAAUCUUUGUCUUUCCUAUGAUCAUGUGACUGAACUUGAUUACCGAUAUGUACCUGAUCAGCCACAAAUUGCAUCACCUAUUCGUCUCGUUAAUAUCGGCCAUUUAGAAGUUCGUUCUCCCGAAUCAAAUCGAUUUUUAUCUCAUAUUCCUCGAUUAGACCAAAUCAUUUCAUUGGCAAUUUACACCGAUAGUAAAACUUACACUGAAGUUGAACUUCAAUGUCUGAUUAAUCAAAUGCCUCAUCUUGCAACAUUCAGCUUUUACACAGAUUCAUUAUCGUUUAUGAACAAUGCUUUCUGUUACUUGGCUCACCCGAGAAUUCGUCGACUAAAUCUGCGUUGUUGGCAUGAUUGUUUUGAUGUCGAACGUUGUGCUGCAUUGUGGGGUUCAUCACUAGGCAAACAAUGCCAAAUUCUGUGUAUAAGAGUUAAAAAACCUAUAGUCGUACAUGAAUUUGUCAACAACAUGAGAAAUCUUCGUGCAUUGACGGUUGAGUUUCAAGGUGAUCAUCUUUGGAGAGCAAAUGACGACAAAGUUGUUUGUUGGCUGCAAAAGCAUUUGUCAUCGGCAUGCCUAAUCAAAAGAGAUUCUAUGUGCACUAAAAAUAUACAUAUUUGGAUUGGAUCAAACCGAAAUAUAUGA